AAAGCCGACCACGUCAGGAGUUCUGGAGAAUCAGUUACAACCCAACAGAACCCAGGAUUCUCUGCCUGGUGGUGGUUUCUAUUUGCAGCGUUCAGUGUGUUGUCAUUAUUGUUGUCUGACCGUGUCGUCGUUUCCUCUCAGAGCUGGACGAAGCCAUGAAGAGAAGUUCUGACCCGGACUUUGUGGGUUUGAUAAACGAACGUCUGGUCUCCACGUUGACCAAGAACCUGGCCAGCAUGGAGCACUUCUCCAGACGGGACGCACUGGAGAAGCUGGCUCUGCUGGUGGAGCAGCGGCCGGGUUCUGGCCUCAGACAGGAGACGUCCUUCCUGGUUCUGACCCGGACGCUGCUGCUGGGUCUGGGCGAGCUGAGCGAGACGCAGCACCUGCUGACGGCUCAGAGGGUCUACCUGCUGCUGGAGCGCCGCCUGCUGGAGCUCCGCGGCGCCGAGCAGGUGAGUCGGUUAAUCCAGUUCAUCGUAAUGUUGCAGUCGAGCACUUUAAAAGAACACAUUUAUAAACAGAGUUUGGACUUUAGUUACAGUUUUGCCUCCUCUGUGUCUGCGCUGAGUGAUUUCUUCCUCGUGUGUUUCCAGGAGUGUCAGCAUUCCGUCUCUGAUCCGUCGUCCUUCUCCGAGGCGCUCACUCGUUACCUGAGCAGGUGCGAGCAGCAGCCAGGUGUCACGACGCCUCCUUCAAAGGUAAGCGAGCGUCCGAUUGGUCGUCCUGGCCGUGUGGCUGGCUGCUCACCUGCCGGGUCAUGUGACCGUACAGGUGAGGUGUGGUGGAACCCGGAGAGGCUGGACACCAACACCUGCUGCUACCUGGGCCUGGUCUGCCGGCUGUUCGGCGUGUUGAUGGGCGGCGCCGCCGACGGACCGACGGCGGGGAGCUUCAGACGGCUGAUGAAGCUGCUGGUCCAGGUGCACCUCGGGGAGCCGGCGGCGCUCUUCAGGUUCCUGAGCGUCCUGUGGGGAUACGGCAGUAACCACGGCGACCAGCUGGACGUGAAGGUGGGCGUGGUCCUGCAGACUCAAGCUCUUUACGUGGGCGGAGCUCUGCUGGGCAACCAGCCGGACGCCACGCUGGAGCAGCUGGCCGCCGCCGACUCACCGGUGGUUCCGUCUCUGUUGUGUUGCCUCUUGUCUCCGGUCCGUGAGGUCCGCAGAGCCGCCCUCAGCGCCCUGACCGCCCUGUCGGGAGCCUCCUCCCCCUUCCAGCCAAUCACAGAGAGGCUCCUGAAGACGUCAGAGGAGAUCAUCGCCGACCCGGCGUACCUGAUCCAGCUCCUCGGUGUUCUUCACGCCGAAAGUUCUUCCAGGAAAUCGAAGAAGCUUCAGGCGUCGAUGCAUCAGCUGCUGACCAGCGUCCAGGCGACGAGCUGCCCGUCGUACAGCAGCGCCGCCCUGCUGGCAGCGCUGGGCAACGUCAGCGGACAGUCCGUCCUCUCAGCUCUGCUGCCCAUCCUGGACCGGCUCCUGGAGACCGGACCCGACACCCCCACCCUGCUGCGGGACGAAGCCCGGCUGAUGCAGCUCGUUCUGGGGAAGUUCGACGAGGCGUCGGCGCCCCUGCUGGCCCAGGACCAGAACUGUCUGGACCUGUUCAUCCGAGCUCUAAGGACGCCAAACCAGCAGCACCCCGACGUACCGAGCUGCCAGAUCAUCGCUCUGGAGCAGAUCACCAAGUCGUUCUUCUCGGCUCUCGGAGACGAGAAGGUUCAGCAGAAGCUUCUGUCGCAGAUGUUCGACCUGCUGGUGGAGAGUCGGAGUCCGGCGGUGGCCAACGCCGUCAGCAGCAGCUUCAAAGGGAUCGCCGUCGACGGUCAGCUGGUGGCCAACGAGCUGGCUCCUCCUCAGAAACCCACCGUGAGCGUGACGGUGCAGCAGACCCGGCGGAGCAGAAUGGCCCAGAGGAAGCCUGCGGAGAGCGUCGGUCCAGAGGGGGGCGCUGUGUCCUGGCAGAGAGUCACUCUGAUCCUGGAGCUGCUGCAGCACAAGAAGAAGCUGAAAAGGGCCCAAACGCUGGUGCCGGUUCUGUUCUCGCUGCUCGCCAGGAGCCUGGAGCCGGGCUCAGCGGAUCACACCAACAUGGAGUACACCAAGCAGCUGCUGCUCAGCUGUCUGCUCAACAUCUGCCACCGACUCUCACCUGACGGAGGCCCCGUGGCUGCAGACGUCCUGGAUGAGGAGAAGUUCAGCGUGGAGCUCGUGGUCCAGGUCAUCAGAGCGUCCGACGUGCCGCAGACGCACCAUCACGCUCUGCUGCUGCUGGGAACCGCCGCCGCCAUCUUCCCCGAGAAAGUUCUGCACAACAUCAUGCCCAUCUUCACCUUCAUGGGCGCCAGCCUGCUGCGGCUGGACGACGCCUACAGCUUCCGAGUCAUCGACAAGACGGUGCAGAUGGUCAUACCUGCCCUGAUCAAGGCCCACCAGCAGUCCGACGGCAGCUCCUCCUCCCACAUGGUCGCCGUGGUGACCAGGAUCGUGCACGUGUUUGUCGACGCGCUGCCUCACGUGCCCGAGCACCGGCGGCAGCCAAUCCUGAGCCAGCUGGUGACCACGCUGGGCCCCGCCCACUUCCUCUGGGUCCUGAUGCUCCUCCUGUUCAAGCAGCACGCCACGCAGACGGAAGGGUCGGCCAGCGAGAAGGACGAGGCUCUGGACAGAGACGUGGAUUUCUGGAUUUCUCUGUGUUGUCACUUUGGUGUCAGCGAUCAGCUGACUUCUCUCAUCAGCAUCCUGAACUUCCUGCUGCAGCUUCCAGACGACAAAGACGACGGUGAGACGACAGUGUUGGUGCUGCUGCAGCUGACCGGCGACCUGCUGAGCAUCGUGGCCAGAAGUCAUGUGACCCAGGAGGCGGAGCAAGCCAUCAACCGGCAGACGGCGCUCUACAGCCUCAAGCUGCUGUGCCGCUGCUUUGGCUCCGCCCACCAGGAAGUGUUUGUCCCCGUGCUGCAGCAGACGGUGCAGGUCGUCACGGCGACGCAGGAGGACAAGAACGUGACGGGCAGCGCUCUGCUCUGCAUCGCCGAGGUGGUCGGCGCGCUGAAGACGCUCGCCAUCCCGCAGCUGCCCAGGUUGAUGCCGGCGGUUCUGCACGCGCUCACAGACAGGAAGGAGCUUCUGAGCAGCGAGAUUUACCUGCUGAGCGCCGUGACGGCGCUGCAGAGAGUCACGGAGACGCUGCCGCACUUCAUCAGCCCCUACCUGCACGACACCCUGCUGGACUGGAGUAAAUCGGACGUUCAGGAGCGUCUGCUGACGUUCUACCGACUCUGCGACCGCAUCGCCGAGCGUCUCAAAGGACUCUUCGUUCUGUUCGCAGGAAACCUGGUGAAGCCGCUGUCGGAGCUGCUGAGAAGAACCAACAGCUGCUGCUCAGCUUCACAGUUCAGCGUAUUCAGUGGUUCAUGUGGCGGCGCUCCGUCGGCGCUCGUUGUUCUUCUGACCGACGUCCUGAAGCUGUGA